GGAAGUCCAGUAGUAUUGGCAGGAUAAGAGUGUGGAGUGUGUGUUGGAUGACAGGCUUGUAGUGCACCCCGACCUUCCUCAUCAGCACAGAGUGUUUCACUGCAGUCGGGUAGCGAUUAUGGGGAAAAAGCGAAAGAUCUCCCUGCUGGAUGUGUGGCUCAGGAAUCGAGCUGCGCAGCCAAAGAAAGCACAAAAUCUGAAACUAUGGCCGCAACAAGUGGCGUUGCUGAGAGACCCCGAGUUGGUUUCGUCUCUCGUCCAGCAGAAUGUGAAGAUGGCGCAUUUGCUCUCCCACGCAGGCACAGAUGCGUUUCACCGCUUCACGCCGGAGUCGCUGGCUGAGUGUGAGCGACUCAAGGCCCAGGAAGAUGCUGAAGAGGCACAGAGGAAAGCUGAGAAUAUUGAGAUCCCUGAGGAGGAACUGCCCAAACCCUCCAAAGACCUGGAAGCUGGAAAAUCCUUACCAUUUAUCUAUGGAGACCCUCCACCUGAGCUCCUUAACAUCCCUCUGGAAGAGCUCGAUCCCUACUACAAAUCCAAGAAAACUUUCAUUGUGAUCAGCAAAGGGAAUACGAUCAACAGGUUCAACAUAGAACCAGCCUGUUACCUUCUCACUCCCUUUAACCCCAUCCGCAGGAUUGCCAUCCGAAUACUUAUACACUCAUUGUUCAGCAUGUUCAUCAUGGUAACAAUCCUGUCCAACUGUGUGUUCAUGACGAUGAGCAACCCGCCAGAGUGGAGCAAAAUUAUGGAGUACGUGUUUACAGGGAUCUACACCUUCGAGGCUCUGAUUAAAGUCUUGUCCAGAGGGUUCUGUAUGGGACACUUCACAUUCCUUCGAGAUCCGUGGAACUGGCUGGAUUUCAUGGUGAUCAGCAUGGCGUACAUCACUGAGUUUGUGGACUUGGGAAAUGUCUCAGCUCUGAGGACCUUCCGUGUGCUUCGAGCCCUGAAAACCAUCACCGUGAUUCCUGGUCUGAAAACCAUUGUUGGUGCACUGAUACAGUCUGUGAAGAAGCUGGGAGACGUCAUGAUCCUGACCGUGUUCUGUCUCAGCGUUUUUGCCCUCAUUGCCCUGCAGCUGUUCAUGGGAAAUCUGCGCCAAAAGUGCAUCAAGAACUUUAUUUCAGUCUUCAAUGACACCACGGAUACGAACAGCACAUUCGACUUUAAAGAAUACAUCAACGAUCCUGGGAAUUACUACUUCCUGCCUGGUAGCAUGGACCCACUGCUCUGUGGAAACAGUUCAGAUGCUGGGGUGUGUCCUGAGGGAUACAUAUGUCUGAAAGCAGGGGAGAACCCGAAUUACGGAUACACCAGCUACGACAACUUCGGCUGGGCCUUCCUCUCCCUCUUCCGCCUCAUGACACAAGACUUCUGGGAAAACUUGUUCCAGUUGACUCUCCGGGCAGCAGGGAAGACAUACAUGAUCUUCUUCGUGGUCAUUAUCUUCUUAGGCUCCUUUUACCUGAUCAACCUGAUUUUGGCUGUGGUGGCAAUGGCAUAUGCGGAGCAGAAUGAAGCCACUAUAGCUGAAGCUAAAGAGAAGGAGGAGGAGUAUGCCAGGAUCUUGGAGCAGCUCAAAAAGCAAUCUGAGUUAAAAAAAGCCAUGGUGAUGAAAGGAAGUACGACGUCGCUCUCGAGCAAAAAGAAAGCUGAUGGCGGCACUGAGUUUGAUGAGAAUCAUGAAGAGCAUGGCAUUGCCCCGAAACAUGGAGAGUCUACUGAGGUGUCCAAAUUAAAUGGAUCCAAAGGAAGUAUGGACUUAAUAGAAGUACCUGGCCAGCACAACAGGAAAGCCAGUGCAGUGAGCGCUGCAAGCCAUACACUAGAAGAAUUAGAAGAGUUGGAAAGACCAUGUCCACCUUGCUGGUACAAGUUUGCAGACAUUUUCCUAAAGUGGAACUGCUGUACACCAUGGCUCAGAUUCAAAAAAUGGGUGUACUUUAUUGUGAUGGAUCCUUUUGUGGACAUGGGCAUUAUUAUCUGCAUUGUACUAAACACUAUGUUCAUGGCCAUGGAACAUUAUCCAAUGACUCCUGAGUUUGAAUCUGUCUUGUCCACAGGGAAUUUGGUGUUCACUGGUAUCUUCACGGCUGAGAUGGUCCUCAAACUCAUAGCGAUGGACCCAUACUACUACUUCCAAGUUGGCUGGAAUAUAUUUGACAGCAUCAUCGUGACCAUGAGUCUUGUGGAACUUGGCUUGGCUAAUGUAGAAGGCCUCUCUGUGCUCCGGUCCUUCCGACUUAUGCGUGUCUUCAAGUUGGCAAAGUCAUGGCCUACCCUGAACAUGCUGAUUAAGAUCAUUGGUAACUCUGUGGGUGCACUGGGGAACCUGACCCUUGUCUUGGGUAUCAUUGUCUUCAUCUUCGCUGUGGUCGGCAUGCAGCUCUUUGGGAAGAACUACAAGGACUGUGUUUGUAAAAUCAGUGUGGACUGUGAACUGCCACGUUGGCACAUGACAGACUUCUUUCACUCCUUCCUAAUUGUGUUUCGGAUCCUGUGUGGCGAGUGGAUUGAAACCAUGUGGGACUGCAUGGAGGUGGCAGGCCAGUCCAUGUGCCUUAUCGUCUUUAUGAUGGUCAUGGUGAUUGGAAACCUGGUGGUCUUGAAUCUCUUCCUGGCAUUGCUCCUCAGCUCCUUCAGUGGAGACAAUCUGUCAUCGUCAGACGAAGAGGGUGACAUGAACAACCUGCAGAUUGCCAUCGGAAGAAUCACCAGGGGCAUCGACUAUGUCAAGGCCUUCAUUAUCACACAUGUAAGGCGUCUAUUGGGGCUGAAACCAAAGGAAGAAGAGAAGAAAGGAAAUGAUUUAGUUCUGAACCACAUGGGUACUGGUGAGUCAGGGGACGAGACCAAGGAGGAGCUGAAACAGCUUGAUGGUGCUCUUAGAAUGGCUGUUGUUCCUAUCGCAAAGGGAGAGUCUGAUGCUGAAAGUGCUUAUGAUGAUAACAGUGCUAAUGAGAAUGAAGAAGAAGAAAAAGAAGCCGAUGAAAAAAAGAAACUGAAAUAUGCAGAUGACUCGUCCAGCUGCAGCACCGUGGACAAACCCCCAAAGGAAGAAGAGGCAGAUUCAGAGGAUGAACCAGAUUCCAUCACCCCAGUGGACUGCUGCACAGAGAAAUGCAUUAGAUGCUGCCCAUGCCUGGAUGUGGACAUCACCAAGGACAGAGGAAAGAGAUGGUGGAACUUCCGUAAGACUUGUUAUGCCAUUGUAGAGCACAACUAUUUUGAGACUUUCAUCAUCUUCAUGAUUCUCCUCAGCAGCGGCGCUUUGGCGUUUGAGGAUGUUUACAUUGAGCAGCGACAAAUUAUUAAAAUCAUCCUUGAAUACGCAGAUCAGGUCUUCACCUACAUUUUUGUCAUCGAGAUGCUCCUGAAAUGGUUUGCGUAUGGUUUCAAGACCUAUUUCACCAACGCUUGGUGCUGGCUGGACUUCCUCAUUGUUGAUGUGUCCCUGAUCAGCUUGACAGCUAACAUUCUGGGUUACUCAGAGCUUGGACCCAUCAAAUCCCUGAGGACUUUGAGGGCUCUGAGGCCGCUUCGUGCCCUGUCCAGGUUUGAGGGAAUGAGGGUGGUGGUUAAUGCCCUGGUUGGAGCCAUCCCCUCCAUAUUUAAUGUGAUGCUGGUGUGUCUGAUCUUCUGGCUGAUCUUCAGUAUAAUGGGCGUGAACCUGUUUGCUGGAAAAUUCUUCUAUUGCUUUAACAUGACCUCUGAAGAGUAUUUCACAUCCAAUAUGGUGAACAACAAAAGUCAAUGCUUGGAGCUGAUAUAUCUUAAUUAUACAGAAGUGCGAUGGAUGAACUCAAAGAUCAACUAUGAUAGUGUGGGUAUGGGCUACCUCGCCUUGCUGCAAGUGGCAACAUUUAAAGGUUGGAUGGACAUCAUGUAUGCUGCUGUGGAUUCUCGUGAGGUGGAGUCACAGCCACAGUAUGAAGCAAACCUCUACAUGUACCUGUACUUCGUUAUUUUCAUUGUUUUUGGGUCUUUCUUUACCCUUAAUUUAUUCAUCGGUGUUAUCAUUGAUAACUUCAACCAACAGAAAUCAAAGUUAGGAGGACAAGACCUCUUCAUGACAGAGGAGCAGAAGAAAUAUUAUAAUGCUAUGAAGAAACUUGGCUCUAAGAAACCACAGAAACCAAUCCCACGCCCCCAGAACUGUUUCCAAGGCUUCAUCUUCGACAUUGUCACAAAGCAGUUCUUUGACUUCCUGAUCAUGGGCUUGAUCUGCCUGAACAUGAUCACCAUGAUGGUGGAGACAGAUGACCAGAGCGCAGAGGUUGAAUACAUCUUGUACUAUAUCAACUUCGUCUUUAUCGUCAUAUUCACUGCAGAGUGCGUGCUCAAGCUCAUCGCCCUGCGGCAGUACUUCUUUCAUGUUGGAUGGAAUAUUUUUGAUUUCAUUGUGGUCAUUCUUUCAAUUCUGGGCUUAUUCCUGUCAGACCUCAUCGAGAAGUACUUUGUGUCACCCACGCUUUUCCGUGUCAUCCGGCUUGCCAGAAUCGGCCGCGUUCUUCGUCUGAUCAAAGGCGCCAAAGGCAUCCGAACGCUGCUGUUUGCCUUGAUGAUGUCCCUCCCUGCCCUCUUCAACAUCGGCCUUCUCCUCUUUUUAGUCAUGUUUAUUUUUUCCAUAUUCGGCAUGUCCAACUUCGCCUAUGUGAAAAAAGCUGUCGGUAUCGAUGACAUGUUCAAUUUCGAGACCUUUGGAAACAGUAUAAUAUGUCUGUUCAUGAUCACAACGUCUGCUGGCUGGGAUGGGCUUCUGUCCCCUAUCCUCGACACCACACCUCCCGACUGCGACCCGGACAUUGAAAAUCCUGGCACGGAUGUGAGGGGUAAUUGUGGGAAUGCUGGGGUGGGAAUAGUCUUCUUUUGCAGCUACAUAGUAAUGUCCUUCCUUGUGGUGGUCAACAUGUACAUUGCCAUCAUUCUGGAGAACUUCAAUGUGGCAACAGAAGAAAGCAGUGAGCCUUUAUGCGAGGAAGACUUUGACAUGUUCUAUGAGACCUGGGAGAAGUUUGAUCCAGAUGCUUCACAGUUCAUUGAAUACAAGAUGCUAUCCGAUUUCUGUGAAACCCUGAAAGAUCCGCUGAAGAUCCCGAAGCCAAACACGGUCAAGCUGAUUACCAUGGACCUGCCAAUGGUAUCUGGGGACAAGAUCCACUGUCUCGACAUCCUGAUGGCUCUCACAGCUGAGGUGCUUGGCGAGUCUGGAGAAAUGGACAUGCUCAAGUCGAGUAUGGAAGAAAAAUUCAUGGCAAACAAUCCCUCGAAGGUGUCAUACGAGCCAAUAACAAGCACCCUUCGACGGAAGCAGGAGGAUGUGGCUGCGAAGGUCAUCCAGAGAGCCUACCGCAAAUACAAACUCAAGAGUUCUCACAAAAAGGGAGCCUCCAGCAUCAGACCAAAGAGUGAGAAGUCUCCAUGUGUAGCUCUGCAGAAUGAAGUCGUCUUACACUCUGCUCCUUUCACCAUCCCUGACUCGACCUACGUAGACAACAUGCGGGAGUCCAUUGUGUAGUGAGAUCUUGCAGGUUUUUCUGGUUACAUAUUCAUCAAAGUAACUCUGUUUUCACAAAUCUGCUUGUUCACGUCCAACGUUAGUCCCUGAUAUGAGGGGAAUGUGAAUGUGAGCCAUUUUAUAGUUCACUAUAAAGAAGUUAAGAACUCAAAUCGGUGAAGAAGCCAGUGAUGAGAAUUCUUGUCAGCAUCUUGUAACGUUAAGAUGUAGUUGGGCUUGAAGCACAAUUUCCUAGUCCCUGAAGAAAAGUAGAAAGAAGUAUACAUGUAGCAUUGGACUUUUAGCUAAUCUGUGAAUACUUUUGAUACAAGAUCGAAGAAAUUGUUCGCUUACAUGGUGCCAGUGGAGAAGGUUUUUUUUCUUGCGAAAAUUUGAUAUGAAACAAAAAAGAAAGUUUAUAUAUAUAUAUAUAUAAAACACUAUAUCAGAUCACUGGUGUUAUCAACUUUAAUAUACAUAUUAUCAACAACCCAAAUCUGCAAAUUUGCGAUAUUUAUCAAUUUAUGGGCUACUAUUUUCACAAGGAUCAUGAUGUAAAAUCUGAAUUUGCUCCGAUGUAAAAUCUACUCAAAUGUUGCAGCCAUGAUUAUGACUGAAUAUAAUGUAAAUGCAAAAUCUAUAAAAACGACAUAUUUUACAGUUAUCAAUUUGUUUUCACCAGCCUUUCACUAGCCUUGCAUUUUAAUACUGUUUAACAUCAGCCUCGUCUACGUUCUCUCUUGGAAAUAUAUUUCUCAUUCCACAUGAUGGCACAGGAAUGGGAACAUGCUUCACCUUAGAUAGAUAGAUAGAUAGAUAGAUAGAUAGAUAGAUAGAUAGAUAGAUAGAUAGAUAGAUAGAUAGAUUUAUUAAACACAUAAUCCACUCAGCUGAUGCUGCUUUCCACUGGAGAUAUGUAUAAACUUAUGCUAACAAUUGAUAUCUACAUUAGAACUGCCUUAGAAUUACAACAACACAAAUGUUUGGCAAGUCAAAAAUAUCCUUUGGAAGUAGACUCAUAUAGUUGACUAAUAUUCUAUCUAACUAUCAAGCAGAAUAAAGUUACACAGUUAUCAUGUACAGUAUACAUGGCAGAGGUAGCCUUGUAAUUUUUGUGGGGGAAAUAUUAGAUAUUUCUUGUUCCUGCUUACAUUUAUAAAAAAUAUCCACCAUUUUAUGCUGCGUUCGAUACAUAACUCCAAAUCUCUGACCUCAAACUAAAACCACUUCAAUUUUUUUUUUGACUCAGAAUUCAGCAGAUCAACAGCAGUAAAUGAAGCACCACUUCUCUACUUGUAAAUAGGAUUAUAAUAGUAUCUGUUUUCAAGCAAAUCAACAUACUGGUCCUUUAGUCAGUUAAAUCUGGAACAUUGACCAUACAGUCUGUGUUUUGAAAAAGUAAAUGCAUCAUGAAUCACUGGCUGAGUAUCACUCACUGGCGAACUACAGUUCUAGUGCUAGUGCUAGUUCUCGUGCUGGCUACCUACUAUGGCUAGUUUUAACAGAGCAAACAAAAGCUUUCAUGGAGGUAUCCAUGUUUUUCUUCCCUCAAUUUACAGCACAAAUAAAGCAAACGCUGAAAAAAAAGCGUUUUGAAAAGGAAGUUGCAUCACAUUGUAAUGUUCCUGUCUACAGUGAUGAUGAUGAUGAUUUGAUCCCUUGUGUCUCACUUUACCUGCUUGAGCAAAAGAGAAAUAAUGAGAAGUGGAUGAAGGUGCAUUCGAAACAGUGUUUGAAUGCAACUUUGGCAAGUUCACAUACCAAAUCUACAGUAUGGAGAAAAAAACAACAACAUUUGGCUGAUUUUGACAGUAUUUUCCUGGCUGUAGGGUAAAAAACUUUUGCAACCUCAGGUUUAAAAAAAAAAGUUCAUCAUUGUAUUUUGUAUUUCUGGAGUGUUUGGGGAUUUAAAUUUGAAUUAAUCUAAAUUUUAAUUUCAAUUUGAACCAGAUCAGUGUACUUGUACUUUUUUUUUAAAGUUUAAAAUGACAUAAAAUUUACAUUAUUAAUAUUGUAGUUUAAUUGUGUGAGACAACACAGAUACAUUUAAGGUCUUAAAUGCUUUUUAGUGUUAAACCAACUUGUAAAUUUGUAUGAAUUUGCAUGAGCCAGCUUGCAUGAAAAGUUACUGAUGGUACAAAAUGAAUACCUCAUAUGAAUUUGAAAUAAGUUGGUUUAUCUGUCAAAAAAGUUCGCUAUAAUCGAAGAAGCUAGCAUUUUGUUGUAAUUAUUUAUUAUUGUAAAAUUUGCUUUAUAGAUUUUGUGCUAAUGCUUGAUUACAGUUUAAUCACUGUUAUUGCCACAGACCAAACAAAACAAUACAGAAUAGUGCUUAAACUACGCAAAUCAAAAUCCUUGUGGAUCUGCUCGCUCUCAGAUUCUAACAUGACUUUAAAGAGUGUUUUAGUAAAUGUAUGAGCACAUGGUGAUUAAAGCAGUUAAGCCUAUAGAUAAAAAACUCAUAAACAACACCGGUACUAACUGUUAAACCUUUGACUGUAUAAAAAAUGGACAGCACACCAUCUCAAAAAAGUGAAGCCACAACAGGUCUCGUGCUCCUGCUGGCUGGUUGCAGUACAAUUUUUUUUAGCUCCGCCCAUUUCUGUGAGUUUCAAUGACAAACUAGCCUUUUCCCCCCAUAUCACUUUUCCUGUCAAAAACUUUUCCUUGUCUUUCCAUUUACAUUGUCUAAUUUGAACAGUUAGUUUUCCCAAUGCUGAUAUCUGCACAUUUUUUUUUUUUAUUUUCCCCCAGAAAUUAGUUUUUAAAAUGUUAUUCUGUUAUAAUGUAAGAAGGCGUGGAUACACUUGGGACUGAAGUGAUUAACAGCCUUGGCCAUGUCGCUAACUUCAUCACAGAAUUUACCUUCAUAUCCCUACAUAUUUGAACUUUUUUGGAUACAUGCUCUAAUACAAACUGAUCCACAGGUUUAAUAGGAAAAAGCCUGGUUUAAUUGUGCGAGCUUAAUCGUGAUAGUGCGUAUAGCUACUGUGAUAGUGAAACAUAUUAUUUCAGUAUUAACAACAUCCAGCCAUCCGGCUAUUUAACAGUUAUUCCACGAAAUUGAGUCGUACAUAAGCUGAUAGCUGAUGAGGCGCGUAGCACCGAGUUGUCUAUAACCCAUGUAUGAUGAGAUUGAGUGGAAUAACUGUUUUAUUCUAUCCACAUUCACUGGAUUUUGAGAAACAGAGCAUUUUUAUUUUUAUAUUUUGCAAAUUCAAUAAAUAAAAACUUUAUACAAAAUGUCCGACAAAAUAAUUUCUGCUUAGAACUUAAACAAACUGGCGAAAUGACAGGAGCAAUUUGUGAAAAAUGCGAUAAUAAUUCUUGAAAAAAAAGAUAUGUUCUGACCAUCAAAUACUUUUAUUCCAUAUUUUGUUGCUUUUUUGUAUUUUUGGGGGGUUUUGUUUCUGAGUAGAGUUUUUAUUUCGUCCUCAGUUGGUUCAGCAACACACUCCAUCAAUUUCUUCUUCUUCUUCAAGGGUUUUUUUGGUGGUUGGCAAGCCAACUUAAAGGUGCAUUAUUGCCACCUACUGGCCUGGAGUGUGGAACAGGCGAUAUUGGGGGGGGGGGGGGGGGGGAACUAUAUUCUUUUAGCUACUUCUGUUUCUUUUAAAUACUUGAUAACAAAGUGAUAUAUCAGACUUGAUGUGUUCCGCCAUUUUGUUUUUCUGUACUUACGGUAUAUGAGCUGAUAGCCUAGUCGUAGAGCAGCCAGAGCACGCGAUUGCUUAUAUCCAGUAAAUGUGGCUAGAAUAAUGAAAUUUAUUUAAUACAAAUGCCAUAUGUUCAUCAGUGAACACAUACACUACCAAUAAUAUUACGUAGAGUUUUAUAGCUCGGUGUCCCAAAUAAUAAGUCAUUAACUCACUGUGCACUGAGGGCUGCUGUUAAACUGGCUGCUCUUCCUGAAACCACAGUUAACCUGUCAGUGAAUCUCUAUCAUGGCCAAGUGAUAAAUGCCCUUAUUAGACAAAUUUGUAUUCAUUCAUUUUUGCAACUGAAACUAUUUAAACUCUCUGAAUACAUGCUUUCCAGUAUGAACACAUUCUGCAAUGCACUGGAAGUGGGUGGGGCUACCAAACGAAUGGUUUGUACAAUUUACCUCUCGACUCUACUGUGCAAACUCAAGAAGGAGAAAGUCUCUACUGCACAGGCUCUGGUUGCAAAUCCGAUGACAUGGCAGAGAUAUGUUGUCUUCAUUUCUGUAGAAUGGGAGUGAACAGAACCACGCUGUCCAUGUUUUCAACAGUCGAUGUGUUAAACAUAUGCAGUGUGUUCGAAGUGGUGAAUUAAGAGGAUAAAGAUUCGGGGCUUUUCCAUUGACAUUAGAUUUAAUUUAAUCUAAUUAGUAUUCACUCAUACUUUUUCCUUGAUUAGAUUUUCAAUUGUUUUUGUUUUUUGACUAUUUAAUAUGAUAUAAUUUAAACCAAAACACAAAUUAAAAUAAUGUUACUACUUUUGAUGGGAAGUCUAUAUUAUAUACACUUUAUUUAUUUUAUUUUUUUUUUAAAUCUGUUUGAGACCUGAGGUCAAAUUGGACAAAUAUCUUGUUUAUAAUCAGUUAUGAUCAAAAGUUGAUGUAAAAAUAUCUUUAAUCUUUUGAAUCAUGUUGAUAAUGUAUUUACAAUGAGUGCACUUAAAAGUUUUUUUUUCUUUUUUCCUUUUUAAAAAUUUUUUUUUCCUCCUAAAGGGAGUGGAGGAUGUGGUAUCUAAAGUUGUUUGAAAUAUCCCAUGGAGGAUGAGUGAAGAUCUUGGGUUAAUAUUUUACUUUUUGGAGAUCUUAAACCCUUUGUUUAGCUUUAGAUUCUGUCAGAAUUGUUCAUUAGUGCUAAUAAAUAAUAUACACUCACUGGCCACUGUGACAGGAAUUUGUUCUUGAUUCUAAGACCCCUGUUCUUGGCUGCAGGAGUGGAACCCAAUGUGGUCUUCUGCUGUUGCAUGCUGAGAUGCUUUUUUGCUCACCACAGUUGUAAACAGUGAUUAUAUGAGUUACUAUAUCCUUCCUGGAAAAAAACAACAACCAAUCUGUCUGUUUUCCUCUGACCUCUCUUAUUAACAAGGCGUUUGUUUACUUUCCAUCCACAGAACUGUCGCCCACUCAAUUGAUGUUUUUUGUUUUUCGCACCAUUCUGUGUAAACUCUAGAGACUGUUGUGUGUGGAAACCCCAGGAGGUCAACAGUUUCUGAAAUACUCAAACCAUCAGUCCAUCUGGCUCAAACCAACACCCAUGCCACAGUGAAAGAAAGUCACACUUUGAGAUCACAAUUUUUCCCAUUCUGAUGUUUCAAGUGAACAUUAACUGAAGCUCUUGAUUUGUAUCUGCAUGAUUUUAUGCAUCAAGGGAUCAGCUGAUUAGAGAACUGCAUCAAACAGCAGAUGGGUGUUUCUAAUAAAGUGGCCGGUGGGUGUAUAAUAAUAAUAAUAAUAAUAAUAAUAAUAAUAAUAAUAAUGUAACCUAUAUAAUGGCACAUAACAUUCAUGCUACUGAUGUAAAUACUAAUAGAUACUUAACAGCAGUCAUUCAAGUAUAAAACAUUACUGAAUCAUCAUCUUGACAUGUUCUUAGUACGUGUGUAAAGUCUUUAUGUUAGCUUGUAUUUCAAUUAAAUAUAAUUUCACAUAAUAAAAUUUCUAUCACCAUCCUGAAGGUGAUUAUUUUCCUAUAACAGCAUAUCCUGAAAUGUCUUAUUCCUCUUAUACCACAGUAAUUAUAACCACAUAAAAGUAACUAUUUUUGAUUAUGUAAAGAACAACUUGUACUUUUUUAAAAUCCAAAGUUGCAUUUAAUAUUGUGGAACGUCUGUACAACAAGUUACUUAUAUUAUAGCAGCUAUAAAGAAACAGUCGUUCCCUUUCUCUUUUUCCUCAUGCUAAUGAUAAAAAAAUAAUAACAAAACACCAUGCCAUUUUCUGUGGACGAAAACUUACUGCUAAAACAAACAAACAAACAAACAAACAAACAAACAAACAAACAAACAAACACUGGAUAUUCCUUCUGUAAAUAUUAAAUUAAUAUCUCUAUCCAGAGAGCUUCUCCAUGCAUGCUUUUUAAUCUGUUACGCAAACCGUCCAAUUUUUAAAACCACUUGUUACUCGAAAAACAAUGCUGUUUGAGAAAACUGAGAAAAAACUCAACACAUUCUGACCAAUCAGAAUCAAGAUUUUGACAAUGUUGCAGUAUAAACAUAACAUACCUGUAGAUUUGUAUAUGUGUUUUGAAACGUAAUAUUUUCUGCCAGUGUUCCCCAGUCCAAUUCUCAACUACUCCAUUUUUGUUAAAUUUUCUGUAUUAAAGCCAUUUAAUCUCUGGUUCACAUUUGAGGAUGGAGUAAUUCUCUGUAUAAUCACUGAAACAUCCCAAUCACCUACUACAACCAUGAGGCACUUUCAUUUACUUUCACUGACAGAACUGCAGCUGUGUCUCUGUAUCACUGUAUUCUGUAUAAUUUGUGUAUAAAUUGUAUUUUUGAUGAUAAUAAAGCAGAAAACCUUUCUUUAAA